GAUGAUUCGACUUAAACAUGAAAGACUUCAAAAUGAAUGGGAUAAACGAGAAGCUAUUCAAAAGGCUAUUAACAAAUCUCAUCUUCGACCUUUACCACCUUCUCCAUUACGACAACCGAUCACUGAAAGUAAAGAAGAACGUACAGCAGCUACAAACAAGACUCGUAGAGGAACCCGAAUCAUGGGACCUAAAAGUCACGGUCAUGAUCAUGGAUCGAUUGAAUCCUCAACUCAUGAUGAUCUUCUUGGUCAGAACGAAUGGGCCAAGAGCUCGAACGGUCGAUCUACAGCUUUGAACACAGUGGUCACUAAACCACGUCCAUCGAGUGAUCUUGCCUUACAACAUAAUCAUCCAAACCAAUCUAAUUCAAAAGGUUUCUCAGCCUUACGAACUCAUCUUUCAAAACUAAUUUCCAAUCCAUCCCAACCUCAUCAAACCUUAACUCAUUCAGGCGUCAUAAAAAACUUGAUAUUUUCUAUUAAAUCAUUUACUUCAAAACCUUUGACUAAAUAUACUUUGAUCAGUUUAAGUUUUUUAAUGAUUUUGAAAUCCUUUAAAGAUUUUAGAAAUCGGAACCAAUUGAUCAAUCGAUUUGGGUUUCCUUCGGUUUGGUCUUUGGUUCAAUUCAUUCAAUGGGUUUUGAAAAAGAUGAUGGAAAGUUUUCAAAUGGGUACUAGGUUUACUUAUCUUUAAAUCCAACACAAAUCCAAACAUCGCCAAACACCGAAAAAAGGGUGGAAUUGAUGUUUUUUUUCAAAAACUCUCGUUUUUGUUGUUUAAUUGAUCGAUUUACCCUUGAUGGUUUCUUUUCUUUCUUUUUGUGAUUUCUCUUUUUCGUGGCAUUUGCAUUGUAUUUUCAUAUCUGCUAAACUUAAAAGUUUUUCAUCUCAAUUGUGAACUAUAGUAAAUAAAUCUUAGGUGUAGAGGUGUGAGUGUUGUAUAUGCUUGUGUGUGUUUGGCUUCCUAUCAUCUUAUAUCUCAUCAAAGAUCCAUUCAUUUGAUUGAUGAAUUUGUAUAAACCUUUUUAUUUUUUUGUUUGUUUUAAACACGUUUAAAGUAUUUGAAAGAUUUAUAGAAUUCUUUCUUUCUUCCUUUGUCUCUCUCUAUUAUAUAUGCAUAUUCCUUUUUUUUUGCAAGAUUGGGGUAUUGAAACAUUCUUUUUGGGGGUUUUGGGGUUGUUGUUUUUGUUUGAAAUGAUUAGUUUGAGUUUGC